AUGCUCGACCGAGCCAAAUCAGUCUUUCCCAGAUAUCCCAACAACGAGGCCGGGGGAAUGAUGGCGGUCCUUGAAUUCUUGGCAGCUCAAGGGGUGCCUUUGGGCCCGUUCAGGCUAUCAACUCAAUCCAAGCAUUACUUCUCCGAGGGCAGCCGCAGGUUUCCCAAGGUUAAGCUUAUUUAUCUCGUGACCGAAAAACCAAUCGAGCCCAUCGAGUGGCUGCUUCGGAACCACAAAAGUUCGCCUGUGAAGGUCACGGGUGAGGGCACAUUUAUCUGGAAUGGCUGGCUCGAGUUCGAGUUUCGGAGCUCCAGAGAAGAUACGCGAGGUAGGGAAAGCCGUGUCGUUGUGGAGUAUGGAUCGAAGAUUGCCCGCAAGCCCCAGCAGCCGGAUACUGUUACCUUCGGCUUCUGGGGUAAGGUCACCGGCAUACACCCGACUAACCAUUACGGAAUGCUCGCCGUCAUGCUAUGUGUGACUUGCGGCCUCGCCCUGUUGUACUAUCUGGUCCAACUGUCACUUCCUUACUCGCCUCCGAAGUCCAACUGGCAGAAGUUUCUAGAAGGGUGCAAGGCCUUGUUCGGCUAUUGA